CUAUAGGCAUUAUAUUUAUGUUUUUUCAUUUUAAAUAAUGUUGUGCUUUUUUUUUAAGUAAAGAGUCCAAGAAGGAGUUAGGUAUUUGGGGCAUUGGCUUUUGAGCUGUGAAACAGCAGGAAUGGUAGUACAGAAAUUCACAUUCUCCACUCAGAAAACAGAGACAAAAAUGGGAAGACAAGUCGUGACCAUAUUGCUGUCCUCCAUCGCCUCGCGCCGCCAUGGCCUCUGCCGAUUGUAUUCGUCGACAAGAGCACAUGCGUGAUCUGCCAAGGCAUCACCGGCAAGAACGGCACCUUUCACACCGAACAAGCCAUCAAAUACGACACUAACAUGGUUCGCUUUCUCUCUCUCCAUUUCGAAUUUGUUGAAUUAGCCAGAAGUGAUGGAGAAGGCGAGAAAGGAGUUGAAGAGAGUGGUGGGGGAAGAUCGGUUGUUGAUGUUUUAGGUUGACAAGUUUGGUAAUAAAAAAUUCUUUCUGGAAAAUUCCACGAUAAAAAAUGAGAGUAAAAGAGAAAGAAAAUAUUAAAAACAAAAAUAUUUUUUUCUAAAUCUGAUUAAGAGAGAGAAAGAGGUCGCCCAGAAGAGGAAAAAUAAAAGCAAAAUAUUUUGUCACAUCAGUUCACAAUUAACUCUAUUUAACGUAAAAAACAUGAUUGACACAAAUUUUAUUAGUGAGAAAGUGAAACGUUUUUAAAAGAUAAAAUCAACUUGAAGCGAAAUUAAAAACAAAGAAAGCAAUUAAACUUAAAUAUAAAUAUCAUUAAAUAAAUUUUCUAAUUUCUUAAAGUUAAUUUAUUGUGGAAAGAAGUCUACCCUUAUUUGCACUCCAAGCAACUUUUAAUAACUUGUUUUCCUCACAAAGCUUUAUCUUUCUUGAGUGCUUCUACAUCCGCAGUAUAACACUGAUGAUACCUAACAAACCAAAAAACUGUCCGUCGACUCCAUCACCACCAUCUUCAAUCUUCAAGAUGGCUGGUGGCCACCGGCUUUGUUUUCAGAUUUUGGGAUUCAUUCACGCACUUCAAUUUUUGUGUUCAAUCACAACCGUCUACGGCAUGGUCCCACAGUCCCCGGUUGAAUGCAGCAGUUCAGGGUGCAUUCUCCGCAACUCCUACGGUGCGUGGGGUGACCGCAGGGACUGUUCUGCCCUCAACGUGACAUACCCAACCACAGAAGAACAGCUUCGUUCGGCAGUGUCCUACGCUGUCCGAAACAACCUCAAAGUCAAGGUGGUCACGAAAUUUUCGCACACCAUUCCCAAGUUAGCAUGUCCCCAAGGGAGUUCCAGAGCAAGUGCAGGUGCCACUAUCCUCAUCAGCACAGAGAAAUACGACUCUGGCAUCGAAAUCGAUGCUGCGAAUAUGGCAGUGACUGCGGACGCCGGUGUGGGGCUUCGGCAACUGAUUGACGUGGUUGAGAGUAGAGGGUUCAGCUUGGUGGCUGCGCCUUAUUGGGAGGGGGUGACGGUUGCCGGAGUUAUUAGCACGGGGGCACACGGUAGUUCGUGGUGGGGUAAAGGUGGUUCUGUUCAUGAUCAUGUUCUGGCUAUUACUCUUGUAGUCCCUGCUUCCAGAUCUGAAGGGUAUGCAAAGGUUUUGAGGUUGGAGGCGCAGGACCCCAUGCUUAAUGCGGCCAAGCUGUCUCUGGGAGUGCUUGGUGCCAUCUCUAAGGUAAAAUUAUCCAUCGAGCAUAGGUUCAAAAGAAGCAUAAGAUACAAUUUCUCAGAAAAAGAUGAUGUGAUCGAAGAUGUAUACGCAGAGCAUGCGAAAAAGUAUGAAUUUGCAGAUAUAACUUGGUAUCCAUCAAGGCACACAGUGGUGUACAGAUAUGAUUCUAGGGUUCCCUUAAAUGCCUCCGGUGAUGGACUUAAUGACUUCAUUGGAUUUCAACCCAAUUCCAUCGUGAUAUCAGAAUCAGUUAGAGCAGCAGAAAAACUACUAGAGAGUACGAGAAACGUGAAUGGGAAAUGCUUAACAGCAGCUACAACUUUGGGCUUCAAGAGAUUAGUAGGAAAUGGGUUGAAGAACAAUGGCCAAAUCUUCAGUGGCUACCCUGUAGUGGGUUACCAAGGCAAAAUGCAAACUUCAGGUUCAUGCUUAUAUUCAACAAGAUUUGACACAUCAUGUGCUUGGGAUCCACGAAUCAAAGGGCUAUUUUUCUAUGAGAGCACUGCAAUCUUCCCUUCAUCAGCAUUUGGAGACUUCGUCCGUGACGUGAGAAAACUGAGAGACCUAAAACCAGAAAAUUUCUGUGGGGUGGACAACUAUAACGGGUUGCUAAUUCGCUUCAUCAAAGCCUCAAGUGCAUAUCUAGGGCAACCUGAGGACUCAGUAGUGGUUGAUUUCAACUAUUAUCGGGCAAACGACCCUUCAAAUCCUAGACUAAACCAAGAUCUGUUGGAGGAAGUGGAGCAAUUGGCAUUCUUCAAGUAUGGGGCUAAGCCACAUUGGGCUAAGAAUAGGAAUGUAGCAUUCCUAGGGGUGCAGCAUAAGUAUCCGAAGUUUGACAUGUUCAUUGCAGCAAAACAAAAAAUGGAUCCUCAAAAUGUGUUCUCCAGUGAAUGGUCUGAUGCUAUACUUUAUGGGAAGGAAUCAGAAAAAGUUGAUGGGUGUGCGUUGGAGGGACUCUGCAUAUGUAGCGAAGACAGACAUUGCAGCCCCCAAAAAGGGUUUUACUGCAGCCAUGGCCUUGUCUACAUGGAAGCUAGAGUUUGUAGAUAUUCACAAUCAUCAAUGUCACCGUCAUCAACCAUAGCAUGAUGUGUCUUUUUAUGUCAUAUAAUUGUUUUGAACUGUGUCCACUUGAAUAAAAGUUUGACAUUUAUAACAUAUAGUAUCACUACAAAUGCAGUAAA